GCACACUAAUAUAUGGGGUAUCGGUCUAGUAAGUAUAUCGAAACGACUGGGAGAUCACCUCUUAUAAUUUAUUGUUGAUUUUUGACUUUUGGAAUAGUUAAUGUUCAACGCGUUGACCCUGUACCAUACUGACGAUGAGGACUGGCAACCACGAAUAUGUCGCAUAACAAUGCCAGACGGCACAGAUAAAGACCUUAACACAUGGGCUCCGUUCUUGGUCGGCGAUGAGGUUUACGAGGAAUUCACACACUAUGGUGUCGAUCUGCGCACGUUGAUAGCCCGCUGUAUGGCCGACGAUCGCGAAGACCGGCCAGCCCUAAACGAGCUUCUUACUACUAUCCAGGCGAGUAUUGCGCGGGACGAUGCGAUGGCAUUUGAGACCGAAAGAAGAUUUCAAAUAGAAAGAGCAGCAGAUCCCACUAGGCAGAGGCCGCCCGUGGAUGUUACAAGACCUCCUGAGGUGGAAGAUGAUGCGUUAUUGAGCAGGUUCUUCCAGGAGUAUAUCCGAGACCCGCCCGCGAGAGAAGAUCCAUACGAUGGGCUUUGGGACCAGUAGUCAUAGAAAUGAAUUAACCUAAGGGGGCUUCGGAGCAUAUUAUAGCGG